AUGCGUACAUACCUCCUCCUCCUUACCUUCCUAGCCGCCUUAGCAUUGGCUGCACCCACACCCAUUGAAAACACUGCGGUUGUCAGGUCCGUGGUCACCAGAGCGGACAAGGGAGUCAAAGAGAACAAGGAAGAUAUCAAGGGGCAUGGCAACGACGUGGUUGUCGCAGAUGGGUUUUAG